AUGGCGCUGUCUCCCCCUGAGCUCUACCACACUGAGUUCGUGCGCAGUGCGCGCGCUGUGGGCGUGCUGUGGGGCGUGUGCACCGUGUGUCUGGCCGUACUCCAAGUGGUGGUUCUGGUGCAGCCCGCCUGGGUGGUCACCACGGAGACCAGCUCCUCCGCCUCCGGGACCCUGGGCCUGUUCCAGGUGUGUGUGGAGGGGGACUGGCCCGGUCCGGACUGCCAGGGCUCCCCCUCGGCCCUGGCCCCCCUGCCGGCCUUCCAGACCCCCGCGGUGCUGGUGUGUGUGUCGCUGGGCGCCGUGUGGACCAGCGCCGCCUGCCUGCUGCUCUUCAGGGUCUGCCACUCGGCCGCCGUGUUCAAGAGCUGCGGCUGGCUGCAGCUCACAGUGGGGAGCUUCCAGCCGGGGAACUGCUCGGUGUCCUGGGUGUUCACGCUGGCCCUGCUGGGGGUGCUGGACUCGGUGAUCCUGGCCACGCUGGCCUUCGUCCUGGCCAGCAGACAGGACGCCCUGCUGCCCACGGAGACCAGGGACCAGAACCUGCUUACUAACCCUUAA